UGAUUUGUUGCCUUGGUUAGUGGGAUUAAUUGACUUGUUUUCCAAUUCACACAAUCCCGUUGAUUUUCUUUCCUAGUUAGGGGAGAUUGAUUCUCAAGUUGUAAACUAUUUAUAUGGCCUGUAAACAAUUGUAGAAAAAGUGAAAAAAAUCUUCCUUCAUUCUCUGUCUUUGGUUUUCUACAUUCUCUUUAUUUUGUUUUUCUACACGGUAUCGAAGCAGGUCCAAUCCUGACUCUUCUCUUCUUUCUUCGAGUUUUUUCCUACUCGAAUCUCGUCUUCAAAUUCAUGCCUAAAUACGGUACUGCCUACGGGAUGAAUACCAACUCAUCCUCUUCGUCUACAGACAUCAUCAUUCCUUCAUCAUCCUCUUAUCAGAUGGAAACAUCUCAUCUCCCUAUCACUACCCAUAAACUAGAAGGCCACAAUUAUUUGCAAUGGUCUCAGUCUAUACUGAUGUUCAUACGGGGUAAGGAGAACGACGACUACAUCACCGGGGAUGCAGCGGUCCCGGAACCAACAGCCUCAACCUACAAGAAAUGGAUGGCAGAGAAUAGUAUGGUCAUGACAUGGCUCAUCAACUCAAUGACUAGAGACAUUGGAGAAAAUUUUUUGGCAUUUGAUACUGCUAAGGAAAUCUGGGACACGGUUAAGGAGACGUUCUCGGAUAAAGAAAAUACAUCAGAGGUUGUUCAGAUUGAAGGAAUCCUCCAUGAUGUACGGCAAGGCGACCUUACGGUAACUGAUUAUUUUAAUGUCCUUACUCGACUAUGGCGUCAACUUGAUACUUUUGAGAUUCAUAAUUGGAAGUGUACUAGUGACAGUCUCUUAUAUAAAAAGAUUAUCGAAGGAAAACGUGUGUACAAGUUUUUGUUAGGUCUAAAUAAGAAUCUUGAUGAAAUUCGCGGAAGGCUCAUGGGGACAAAACCCCUACCCAACCUCAGAGAGGCAUUUUCUGAAGUUCGUCGUGAAGAAAGUCGUAAGAAACUCAUGAUGAGUCUCCCUCAACAUAUACAUAUGACUGAAAGUUCGGCCCUUGCAGCUCAAGGAACUCAGGUUGCUUCUUAUGGCAAUCGCCAGAAAAAUAAAGGAGGUAGACCAUGGUGUGAUCAUUGCAGAAAACCUGGCCAUGUGAAGGAGACUUGCUGGAAGAUUCAUGGGAAACCAGUAGAUUGGAAGCCGACACGCCAACAAAUGGAGAAAGAAGGUCGUGGGAAUCAUGUUGCUAUAGAAGAACAAUCUGAAACAAGUCCCUUUAGCAAGGAACAAAUGGAGAUGCUGAAAAAACUUUUAUCUCCUAUUUUGCCAACACAAUCACAACCAGAUACCUCAUCUCAUCAUGUCAUGGGCACGGGUACUCUUGCUCACAAAGGAAUUGGAUUCGGGGAGGACGAUUGGCAAUGCUAAAGAGUGCUCUGGACUCUACAUCCUCAAGGAACGCCACUAUCCACAAGAACAACAUCAAAUGGCAGUUAGCGGUGGUUCUUUUUCUGUUUCAUGUCUAAAUAACGAUAGUGCAAUCAUGUUGUGGCAUUAUCGCCUUG